AUGAUUUGCCCCCAACCCCAACUUGACAAUUUCUAUUUUUUUUUUAUAUCCUUUGUUUUUCUUCUUGUGGUUAUUUUUAUUAUUUUUAUUUUUUUGUUUUAUUUCUCUUUUCUUCCUUCUCCUUUGCUCAUUCUCUUUCCAACUUUAUCCCCCAUUUUUUUUCGUUUUUUUUUUUUUCCUACCCACCCCGUCUGUAAGUUUUUUCUCCUCCUAUCAGUUUUAGCAUUUUUGCUUUCUUUAUUUUUUUCUUCUCUUUUUCUUCGUCACAUAUCUUCUUGCUUUCCCUUCAUUUAUUUCUCACCUUUUUUAUUUCUUCCUCUUUUGUUUCUCUCUCUUUUUUUUCUUUAUCCUUUAGAUUUUUCCUUCUCCUCAUCUUCCUUUUUCCUUCCCCCUUUUCUUCUCUUCAUCAAUUUAUUGCCUAUUUUCUUUUUCUUCUUCUUUCUUUGCUUUACAUUUACUUCUUUUUUCUCUUUCUCCUUCAAUGAUUUACUUCUCCUUCUUCACCUUUGUUAUUUGUUUUUAUCCUGUAUUUGUUUGUUUAUACCUUUGAGGAACUCUGCACGAGCAGGCGGAGAGCUAUCUAUCUCAGUUUGUUCGUAUCUUUCUAUCUAUCUAUCUAUCUAUCUAUCUCAGUUUGUUUAUAUGAAUCUAAGUCUGUUCAUAUCUAUCAAUCUCAGUCUUUUUAUAUUUAUCUUUCUUUGUCUAUCUAUCUAUCUAUCUACUCAUUCUCUGCUGGUCCACACUUUGACUAUUGAAGCAAACAACAUUAUUCUUUAUUCCUAG